AAUACUCCGUUUUAAGCUCGCGCAAAUCAUUAGAAAAGAACGUCUAUGAAUUUCUGAAGCUUUCGUAGAAAAGAAAGCUUUUGACUCUGUAGGAUUUCUUAUGAUAUAUUGUAAUACGCUGUCGAGAAGAGUAUCCGUGAACGCUUUCUUCACGAACCAAGGGCGUUGAGCCAGUAUUCGGUUUUCCCAGCUUCCUUGUGUAAAACUAUUUGACAAGUCAUUCAAUUAUUGGUAUCGACCGCGUUUUCCCUGUCAAACUCAUCCAGUUGGAUUUUUCUCCCGAGAAGUACUCAUAUACUCCUACUACCGUUAUUAACAAAACGGAAACGCGGCUUUUAACUUAAAGAAACGCAUUGAAAUGCGUCAAACCUCUUUAACUUCCAUUAGGAGGGAGAGAAAACGAAAGCUUCACAGUGUACUGAGUCCAUUACGAAAGAGAAACCCUAAAAUCAAAUCCCAUUCCAUUCCUUUGCGAGCAAAGGGAAAUUCGAAUGAUUCCUUUGACGGUAUUUCUGAUGAUGACAAGAAGCCCUCACCAAAUCUUAUUCGUACCGUUCAUCAUGAAAGUGAACUAUGGACAGACAAAUUUGCUCCCCAACUGUCAGUCGAUCUUGCUGUUCACAAGGCAAAGGUAACUGCCGUACGAAACUGGAUGAAAGAAGAUCACAGCUCAAGCCGACUUCUAGUUUUGUCCGGUCCUUCCGGUUGUGGAAAAAGUACGUGUGUCGAAGUACUUGCGCGGGAAUUGAAUGCUAGUCUAAUUGAAUGGUCAAAUCCUUCUUUGGAUGCAGGAGCUGUCGACGAUGUUAAUGGCCGCAACGACAAAGCUUCUGUUUGGAAAAAGUUCGGCCAGUUUAUGGCAACUUGUGAAACAUAUCCCGAACUGCCUCUUUCAGCUCCCAUCCGUGGAAUUGCCUCCAGUCGUUUUCACAUGUCUAAAAAGUUUGUCUAUUUAGAUGAGUUGCCAAUGCUUUCAAACCGCAAUGGUACUAUAGACACUUUUCGCUCUUUGCUUUUAACAGCACUGCAAUCGCGGGGGUGCAAUUCUAUCAUCCUUAACAUUACCGAGACACAGUAUUUUAUGGCUGAGGAUGCAGAUUGGCAAGACCAAUAUACAGCCUACCGUCUAUUGGGAGACGACAUAUUAAAAGACCCAAGCGUCACACACAUCACAUUUAAUCCAAUUGCGUCUUCUUUCAUGCGAAAAGCACUUAUGCGCGUCAUGCGGUUGCAAACACAAGUAAAACAGAGUGCUGCUCAAACUUCCCAAGUCAUAUCACAAAUUAUAGAGGGGAAUGAGGGUGAUCUUCGAAGUGCCAUUAAUAACUUACAAUACGUUUUUACCUGUCGAGCUGCCGUGUCCUCUAAAUCUUCUCGCGACUUUGGCCUCGGCCUCUUUCAUGCUGUUGGAAAAGUCAUUUGGAAUAAGCGUGAGGGCGAUGAUGAGGCCACUGAGAUUGAUAACGAGCGUUGGACACCAUUGACUGCGACCGAAGCUGUAGCAAAGCGCCCAUCUAUGGUUGAUAUUGCGGACGUGGUUCAUACCAGUGGAGCCACAGGUUCCAUCUUUCGACAAGCAAUUUUUGAUAACUACGCCAGUUCGUGUACAAACGUGAACUACGUCUCUGAAGUGUGUGAUUGUUUAAGUUUGGCUGACUGUUUAGUGCCUGCGUAUCCCGUAAACUUUGUCGCAGAAGAGCUAGCUGCCUGGUAUGCCGUGCAAGCAACGCUUAUUCAUCUUCCGACUCCCGUUCCUCGCCGCUGGCGGCAACUGCAAUUUCGGCCUCAGCUUCCUCAGGAGGAAAAGACUCGUUUUCGUGAUUACUUUUCCAUUUAUUCCAACGAAAGACGCUUAGAGGAUGCAGAUACUGUAUCAAUGUACGAAGAACCUGAUGACCCUAUUGAAGAUUUGGAGGAGUAACAAUGAAUAAUUGAGGAACUGAAAUUAAGGAUGAAUUACGAAACUUUUGACCUGUUUCCUACGGAGAAGAUUUGUUACUUUUAUUACUCCUACUCCACAUCGUACAUAACUAAAUCAUCACGUUUCUUUUUUCCAACCGAACAACACUCAGACUCGCACAGCAUCACCAUUAAUACCACAUUCAAAUACCGGACAUGCUUACAAUGUAGGAUGUUUAUGAUUUACCUUCAUUCAUCUCGCUAACUCUGCGUCUGCUACAACCAUUUUCCGAUAUUUCUUACGAAUUAAUUGCGUGGACGCAUUCUAGGGUUCGGGUUUCUAUCCAUGGCAGAUGCUCCACCAAGAAUUGCACGAAGCUUAUACCUCACGUCUUUCGCAUAACCUCGAAGCAAACGUUCUAGCGGUUUCACGUCCUACGCAAGAUGUUAAGUCGGAGGAUUUGUAAUGCUCUUUCCAGAGUGCCUAGGUUUUUGUCGAGGCAAUUUUCUGUACGU